AUGGCGCAAGGAUCACAAGAUGGGGCAAACGGCCCUGGCGGGCUAAACCCCCAGAUGCAGGAACAAGUUGAUGUGGUGGUGCGCCAGAGGCUUGAGCAAGCUUUUGGUUCUGUGUUUGGGAAAGUUUUGGCUGCCACGCAGAGGGCAGCCGAGGCAGCAGAGAAGCAGGCAACAGCCAACAAGACUGAGGGCAUCACCAAGGCCUUGAAGCUGGAGGCGUGGAAGCCUAGCUCAAGGGAAGAUGAGUUGAAGACUUGGCGUGAGUGGAGCUUUCAGCUGAGUACGUGGCUUAUUGCCCACGACGAGGAGUAUGAAGCUGACCUGGAGUCCAUUGAUGUGGACGUGGCCGUGGACCACGCGCUGCUAGAUGGGCCAGCCGUGGCGAGGUCACAAAAGCUGUUUGGUGUGCUGUGCAACGUGCUGCGGAACAGGCCCUUGCUUAUUGUCCGGGCCCAGGAAAAGGAGAAGAACGGCUUCGAGUGUAUCCGCCUGUUGCGGCGGGAGAUGGAGCCAAAGGAGCGGUCACGCGCUUUGGCGAUCGUGCGGCAGCUGGCGGCAUGGACCUUCAAGGAAGGCAACCUCCACGAGCAGAUCAUUGCAUAUGAGGACGCGGUCAAGGGCUAUGAGAGCUCUUCGGGGAAGUCGUACCCAGAAGACCUGCAGAUCGCUACGAUUACCAGCGGUCUCAAAGAGCCUCUUCGCAGCCAGGUGCAGCUGCGAAUGACAAGCACAACUCGGUACGCAGACCUUCGCGAAUGGGUGCUGCACUACGAGGCCAUUAAUACCCCUUGGUCCUCCUCGUUGCCUACCCGACCUGGCGGCAGGGCCCAGGACCACGGGCCGGCGCCCAUGGAUAUCGACCGCAUCAAGGGCAACAAGGGCAAGGACCCCAAAGGCAAGGGGAAGGGCGACAAGGGCAAGAAGGGCAAGGGCAAGGAUGGCAAGCAAGACAGCGGCAAAGGCAAGUGGAACAGCCAGGCCGACCAAUGGAAGUGGAACAGCCAAGGUGACCAGUGGAAAUGGAACAGCUGGAAGCAGAAGGACCACGGCAACCAGCCGAAAGGGGGAAAGGGCGGCAAAGGUGGAGGUGGCAAAGGAGUUCGGCAAGUGGAGGAGGCCAUCAACCUUGGAAGCAGCUGGAACUCCAACCAGAGCAGCGCCUCAACGAGCGCGAGUGCUGUCCGGACCCCCUCGACGGUGAACCAGGUCUCCACAGUCAGGUUUGAGGACCUAGGCACCCGGUUGGGGACGACCACCAGCGGCUACGACACGGUGAUUUAUGACAUGACGGAGCUUGACAGCGACCCGGCCGACUUCAGCCUGGAAGGCCUCAACAUUAUGAUGGUGAAGGUGGCCCAGGACCCAGAGCGGUACUCCCUAGACAGCUCAGAUGGAGACGACGAGUGGACAUACAGCCCAGAGGCUGCUGAGGACGCCCAAGGAAAGCAGAUCGUUGAGGACUGCACCCGGGCGCUCACCAUUACGAUCCGGGACAAUGGCGGCAAUGAGGUGGUGAUCCGGGAGAAGUUUGCGAUUGCGGCCGUGAACUCGGUGAUCCUCUCCCUGGGCCGUCUCCUUCGCAGUGGCUGGGUUCUUGGGCACGGGCCGGAGGGUCCUACCAUUGCCCGUGGUGGAAAUCAGGUGUCUAUUUGGCUGAAGCGCAACACCCUCAUGCUCACGGCAGUGGUGUCGACGAUCCUGGCUUGUGACGCCGGGGCUCUUCCCCCUGAGGCUGAAGAUGCAGUGCAGCAGCCCGGCUGGGCAAUCCUGCCAUCGGGGCUUCCUCUUCUGACCAUCCACAACACCAAGAACGUCAGCCUGGAGACCUCUCUUUGGGAGGCCGAUGAUUGGUCGCACAUGGCAAUUUUCGUGAGGAAGGAGCCAGCAGGCCGGAAGCCCCAGCCAGGUGACGUUUGGCUGCAUGUCAUGUCGGGGCACACGCUGCUUUUCCCGAGUGGCGGGAAAACUCUGGCCGAGAUUGAGCCUGAGCUUGUUGACUCCCACGACGUGGCGGUGCUCUUCCAUGUUGAGGAGCUCGGGGAGAACUUGCUCAGCAACCCGGGCGAUUUGUUCAGGGAGCCGCCCGCCGACGAGCCGAUGGUAGCUCCAGCAGACCAGCAGCAGGAGGAGGACGAUGGGCGCGGAGUGUGGGCCGAAAGGGACGUCGCAGGCCAAGGGCCGGAGGAGGACGAGCAUGACAAUAUGAUUGAUGAUGUGGAGCUGUCCCUUGAGACCCCUCUCCAUGUGCUCAAGGAGCUGUGUCGCAGACUGGGUGUGGCAACCAGUGGCUCCAAAGCAAAAGUGCUCCGACGCCUGCGUGCCCAAAAGGAGCUCCUGGCAAAGCAGCUGGCCACCGAGAUUGCAAAGAAGAUGUUUGACGAGGCAGAAUGCAGUCCGGACAUCCCGGUGGUGGCACCCGUGCUUCCUAGUGCCAGGCAACAAGCUUUGCACGCAGUGACGUCCCAGCCUUUCGCAGCUUGGUGCCCGGCUUGCGUCCUCGGGCGCAGCCGCCAGAGCCCUCACAAGGACAAGCCGCCACCCAAGGAGAGCCAAGAGGUGAAGGAGGCAGAGCGCCGACCCGUUUUCCAGAUAGAUUACUUUUACACCUUCACCAAGGAGCGCGGGGAGGAAGAGCAGCAGCCUGGAGGUGGAGAAGGAGCAGAGGAGACAGAGCCAGCCAGCAAGGAGGAGCAAGCAGCCGAGGCCGAGAAGCCCGACUACCGCGACCAGUUUGGGCUGAACUUGGUGGCUGGAGAGUCCACCUCUGGGUGGAUAACGGUGGUGCCUGUGCUGGCCAAGGGCAGCACGACUCUGAAGAGAGUUGCGGAGACGUUGGUCAGAACAACAAUGCAGAUUGCGGGUGCUGAAGAUGUAGUGCUCCAGUCAGACGCCGAGCCCGCAGCCAAACAAGUGGUACACGCAGUGCAGGCCCAUGUGGAGGACCGAGCGAAGAUCAAGCUGAGCUGGAUCAUGGCCCACGCGGCCUUCCUGCACAACCGCUUCUUUACUACAUGCAAGGGCCUUCCUCCAUACGAGGUGGUCCAUGGCCGGCGUUACCGCGGACAGCUUGUGCAGUUUGGUGAGUGCUGUGUUGGGUUUUGUCCCACCAAGUACAAGGGAGACUUGCAAUGGAGGAAAGGAGUGUGGGCCGGAAUCAAUGAGAAGAAUGGCAGCCACAUUCUUUUGAGUGACACCGGCGCCUUCGAGACGCGAUCCCUUCGCCGGCUACCGGAAGAAGGCCAAUGGGUGGCUGAACAAAUCGUCACCGCGAAGGGGCUCCCAUGGGACUACGGUGGCAGCGCAAGGCGCAAGAGAGCCUUGUACACUUCACGGGCGCCUGUGUUGCCGGACUCUACCACCCUGGAGGAGCUCGCCAAGGCGGCCGGCCGAGCCGCAGCGGAAACCAUUGCAGCAGCUACUCCUCGACCGGCUGGGCCCGAUGAAGCUGGGUCGGAGGCUUCGUGUGCAGAUGAGUGGCUUGAUGAAGUUGGUGAGAGCCUUUGGGAGGAGGCUGAGCCGGAGGACCUUGAGAGCGAAGUGCUUCAUGAUGGCGAGAAACCGCCCGAGGUCACGCCAGAAGAGCUGCUCAAGCUCGAUUUGGCGAGCGACCGUCACGGGGUGGAGCGCUUGAUGCAGAUGGGGGCUAUACGCCGCCCCAAGGCCUCCGAGGACCUGUCGAGCUACAGCCGCCUGACGACAAAGGUUGUCCGCGAUAGCGGCCAACGUGGGUCAGACGAUCGCGCUCAGGUCCUGGGCCUUGAACUCACCACGCUGGACGUGAAAGAUGCAUAUCUUAAUGUCCCGCAGAAGGCGCCAGUGGUUAUCGAGAUUGACUCCCGUGUCUUCGAGGAAGGGCCUUCUCGUAUGGUGCCCUUUGUUCUGGAGCGCCUCUUGCCGGGACAGAGGGUGGCAGCUGGUGAGUGGUUCGGGUUUAUCACCGGAAUCCUCAAGGAGGCUGGCCUGGAGAGUUUCCCGAAAGAACCAACAUUAUUCCGAGGUGCCAAGGAGGGGGACAUGACCAGCCUGGUGCUUCAUGCAGAUGAUGGGUUGCUAGCCUCGACUCCCGAGGCCCGGGCACACCUUAAAGCAAAGCUUGAGGAGAAGGUGGUGGUGCAGUUCAGCAAGCCAGCUCUACAGAUUGGUGAUGAGUUCGAGUUUUUGAAGCGGAGGUAUGUUUUGGAGCAAGACGGUGUGGUGAUGUUUUCCAACAACAAGCACCUAGAGGGGCUUGUCAAGGCCUUGGGUGCACAGCCAGAUGUGCAAUUUGCCACCUGUGCCCUGGCAAGCAGCAUGGCCAAGCCAACCACCGGAGCUAUGAAGAAGCUCUGCAGGACAGUGGGAUAUUUGGCAAAUGUGCCUGUGCUGGGUUUCCUUAUCAAGCCGGUGCAGGACAGAGCGUGCCUGGGCAAGCCAAGUGGGGUUGCACUGCAGCCCGGUGGCGUGAUCAUCUUGGAGAGCGUGACCGACGCCGACUGGGGCGGGAACAAGGCUGACAGGAGGAGCAAGACCUCAGCACAGAUCUACCUCGGAGGGAGCCUGCUCAGCUCCUUUGUCAGAUCGCAACGUUCCGUGGCGCUCUCCUCUGGAGAGUCAGAGUUCAUAGCAACCGUUGCCGGUGCAGGAGAGAUGCUUUAUGUCAAGGAGUGCAUGGAGUUUAUCCUGAAGGGGUAUGCAACAAUUGAGGCCACAGCUCGCACAGACAGUGCCGCGAGCCGCGGCAUCUCCCAGCGGAUCGGGUGCGGCCGUAUUCGGCACCUGGACUGCGGCCUGUUGUGGCUGCAAGACUCAGUGAAGAAGGGCCUGCUCCGUGUGGGGCCCAUUGCUGGAGCCCGCAACCCAGCAGAUGUUGGGACCAAGCCGCUCUGUGGCCCGAAGCUCCGGGAGCUGCUGUGGAGGAGUGGUGCCAUGACGGACAGUGGAGAGUGCUAUGGUGAGCAAGAGGGUCAGGAAGCUGACCACAAGCAGCAGGUGAACAGCCUUGUUGCACGCAGCGGCCUUGGUACACGACUGGGUCGCCAGACUCUCCCUGUUCUUUUGGUGCUGGCUCAAAUCAUAGCAGGUGAUGGCUAUGGUGGUUUUGAGGGCUUGGGCUUGGUUACGGCUAGCAGCUUCUUGGAGGAGUUUGUUAUAGCAACAACCUCGGCUAUGACGAUGUGGCUCGUCAUCAUGAUUUUCAUGGUGAGUUUUCCUUUGUGCGUGGGGUGGGCUGCACGGAGCUUGUGGAGAGCUUGGUGGCAUUCCUCGCCCAGCACCGAGCCUGAGCCGGAGGUUUGUUUUGAUGAGCCCAAUGUGAAAGACAAGUGCGUCCAAGCUUCACUUGGACCCAGCCCCAGUGAGAAGCGAUGGCAAGAAGAGUAUGUUGAGAGAUGCAAUUUCUUGAAGACCGCUCUUCACGAAGAGCACCAGACCGUCCUUGGGUGCGAGAGCGAGCUUCGUAGACUUCGCGCAGAAGUUCGGCGGCUGGAGGCUGCUGGACCACAAGAGGUAGACAGAUGGCUGAGCACUUUUGCGGUUGAGUGCGGACGUUCCCCAAGGUUGGGAAAAGUCCGAG